AUUUAUGUAAGGUAAUGGUGUCAGGAGCUGGGUUGAGAGCGUUUCGGACAGAAAUCCGCUCUGAUUUUUAUUAAAUACAGUUUAAAUACGCGGUUCUGGAUUUUCUCCCGGCGCGGCGGGUUGAUGGAGUUUGUGGCGGCCGGCACGCCGAGCCCGGCUGGAGCCCCGCUGCCCGGAGACACGCGGCGGCAGCCCGCUAAACAAACCCGCAGCAGCCGGAGCCGGAGAGAAGAGUAGAGCGGGGCAUGUCUACACUCCGCCCGCAGAGAGACGUUCACCUGCCGGGAGGAGAUCUCACACCCGCCGCGGAGCAGCAGCAGCAGCAGUACUGCACCCUGAACAUCCAGCCAACCUUCAGCAGAUAACACCAAACACUGGCCGCCAUGGAUCUGCUGGAGUGUCCGAUCUGCCUGUUCCUGAUGUGCGAGCCGGUCACCAUGAGCUGCGGUCACUCGUUCUGCCGGAGGUGCCUGGGCGCCUGGCUGCCGUCGCGGUGCCCGACCUGUAAAGAGAGGCUGAAGCAGAGAGACGCCAAAACCAUAAAGAACAACGUGCUGCUGUUCAGCGUGAUCGAGAAGUGCUGUCCGGAGGAGAUGAAGAUGAAGUGCCACAUUCAGGAGAAGCUGAAAACCUGCGAGUUUACAGAGGCGCUGCGGAUCGCCGAGGACGGGAUCGAGACAGCUCCUGAUGAUGUGAGUCUGAAAGUAUGGAGGGCUGAGGCCAGUAUGGGUCUCCGCCGCUACUCAGACGCUCUCCGUGACCUGGAGGACCUGUGCCGAGUCAGGCCCAACUGGACUGAGGGAUUAUUUCGUAAAGGGAAUGUGCUGCUGGAGAUGGGAAAGAAAAGUGAAGCACUACGUCAGUUCCACGACUGUCUGAAGCAGCACCCUGACUUCGCUCCUGCUAAGAACCAAAUUAAGGAGGUUUUAGAGGCAGAGGGGGUGGCUGUACCGGACGAGGUCCCCCGUAUCCUGCAUGUCGUGGCUGAAUACCUCAGGGACCCCUGCCCCAUUACCAGCUCUGUGGGCCCCUCUCACACUGAGGGCCUGCAGUGCUCCAGGAAGCAGCUGGAGGAGAGAGCGGGUUGUCUGGAGACUCAGGCUGUAUGUAAAGUAAAGCAGGACAGCAGUACAGAGUGUUGUCUGAGUCUGUGCCAGGCCGUGUCCUUCCUGCCCCCAGCCGAGGAUGAUGAAGAGCUGAUGAUGAGGAAGGAGGAGAGACAGACGAGAGGAACGUGCAGCGUGGGCCGGGAGACUACGCUCAGUGUUCUCACUGUAUCAGAUUUUGAGUGUCCUCUCUGCAUCAGGUUGUUCUAUGAUCCGGUCACCACACCCUGUGGCCACACGUUCUGUAAGAACUGUAUUGAGAGAAGUCUGGACCAUAAUCUCCGCUGUCCACUCUGCAAACAACCCCUGCAGGAGUAUUUCAAGAACAGGAAGUACAACCCCACGGUGCUGCUGCAGGAGAUCAUGACCCGCCUCUUCCCCCAGCAGCUGGCCGAGAGGAAGCAGGUGCACGACGCAGAGAUGGCUGAGCUCUCGAACUUGACCAAGGACAUCCCGAUCUUCGUGUGCACGGUGGCGUACCCGGGCAUCCCGUGCCCGCUGCACGUGUUUGAGCCGCGCUAUCGGCUGAUGAUGCGCCGCUGUAUGGAGACGGGCACUAAGAAAUUCGGCAUGUGCAGCUACGAGCACGGAAAAGGGUUUGCAGAUUACGGCUGCAUGCUGGAGAUCCUGGACCUGGACCUGCUCCCUGAUGGACGCUCCUACGUGGACACUGUGGGGGGAAGCCGCUUCCGGGUGCUGAAGAGAGGCCAGCGGGACGGAUACCACACUGCGGACAUCGAGUACCUAGAAGACCAUAAGGUGGAUGGUGCAGAGCUGGAAUUGCUGCAGCAUCUCCAUGACAGUGUGUAUCAGCAGGCGACGGAGUGGUACCACCGGCUGAACAGCCGCAUCCGAGAGCAGAUCAGCCGCCAGUACGGAGCCAUGCCUGAUAAAGAGAAUAAUAUCCAGGCAGCUGCUGAUGGACCUGCUUGGUGCUGGUGGCUGCUCUCUGUGCUGCAGUUGGAUCCGGCCUAUCAGACCACAGUUCUGUCCCUUACCUCACUAAAGGACCGGUUAGGACACCUGAGGAUCGUACUGGAGUACUUCUCUCAGAGCUGAGCGUCUCUCGCGCCUCUCUCUCGCGUCGCUCUCGCUCUGUAACCGCGCACAGACGCACACUCUACUCUCGCUCUUUUACACGUUAUGUGCACGCCACUUGAAAAAAAAAAUGCUUAAAUAUUGAACUUUUUGAGCUCACGGAUGAGACUUAUUGAUUGGUCUGGAUGCAGGAGGAGCGUCCCUGUCCUCACGCCGCCUCCGUGCAGCAGCACCUGCCUUUAUUUUUUGCUUUACCAGUGGAGAUGUUCCUAAAACAUGUGCUGUAUUUACUUCUGUCGUUGUUUUUGAGGGGGUGAGAUUGAGCGGAUGUAGAGAUACACACAAAGUUGAUCAGAGGCAAAGCUCCAUGGAAUGAUUCCUUAAUUUAAUCCCUCUUAACAAAAAUCAGCUGUUCUUAUGUUUGGACAUGCAGUAAAGUAGAGAUACGUUAAAUUUUUUGGGGGAAAAAAUGAUUUGCCCCAAAAUUAUGAAUAAAAGAAAGAUUUGGACGAAUAAUUAAUGCUAAAAGAAAAUUACAUUUUCUACAAAAACAUAAAAUAAGUGUCAAACAUUUAUAAAAAAAGAAACAGUGCAUCCUACAGUAAACAGGUCUUGCAUGGAGGCCUUAAAUCCUUAAAAAUCAAUUUUUUUAAGAACACAAAUCAUUUUUUGCAUUUUUGCUUCCCUUUGGAAAUAGGGAAUGUUCCUAUCUGAAGUUUACUCUAAAGGUACUCCCUUCUACUUGUUUCAUAUAGAGUUAAGUUGUAAAACAAAACUAAAAUCUAGUUUAAAAUCAAGUUUUCUUAAUGCUUACAAGCUUUUUUUGAAGUGCCAACUCUAUAAACAAUGAACUAUGUUUUCACAGGGCAGGAAUACAACCCCAAAUCACAACAAAUUGGGACAGUAUGGUAUAUAUAUAUUUAUAUAUAAAAUAAAUCAACAAUGUUUGCUACGUUUACUUUGGUUUGUAUUUGAUUGCAGACAGUAUAAACCCAAAUUGUUUUACAAUUAAAAAAAUGUUCUGCUUUGUAGAUUAAUUCUAAAUUCAUCCAAACUAUGAGGAAAAACAUGGAAUUAUUUAUUAAACAAAAUAGUGUUAAACAAACCAGAAUAUGUUUUAUAUUUUAGAUUAUUCAAAGUAGCUCCUCUUGCUUAGAUGAUCAGUUUUGCACAUCUCUGCUGGAUUUUCUCAGUCAGCUUUAUGAGGUAGAGUCACCUGGAAUUCAGGCUUUCAGUUAACAGCUGUGCUGAACUCAUCAAGAGUUAAUUACUUGAAUUUCUUGUCUCUUAAUAUUAAUGUUUGAGAGCAUCAGUUAAAGUAAAGUAGUGAAGAGGUAGAGUUACAGGUAUACAGUGAAUAGUGAAUAUUUGAGUAAUGUUCUAAUCCAGAUGAUAAGAAGCAAGAAAUACUCAACUAAAUAAAGAAACUAAAAUACUUUAAGAAAGAAUGAAGGUCAGUCAAUCUGAAAGUAGAAUUUCAAGAACUUUGAUAGUAUCCUUAAGUGUAGUCACCGCAAAGACCAUCAAAAAUCAUCGUUAUGAUGAUGGAACUAGCACUCAUCAGGACCAGCCCAGGAAAGAAUAGAAGAGCAAGAGUUUCCUCUGUUGUACAGGAUAAGUUAAUCAGAGUUACCAGCCUCAGAAACAGCAAGUUAACAGCUCCCCAGAUAAGAGCAUCUAAAUGCUAAAUCUUCAGAGUAUUUUGGUUUGUUUAACACUUAUUUAAGUUACUACAUGAUUCAUUAUGUGUUUCUUCAUAGUCUGGAUCACUUUAGUAUUCAUUUAUAAUAAACCUUUUUUUUGCACAGUUUUACAGGCCUGAAAUACAGGAAUAAAGGAAAAUUUAACUAAUUAAAUGAUCUUAGCCAGAAACAAAUAAUAUAUCUCUGGUUUAUACUGUCAGUCAUACUGCAGUCAACAAAAGUCAUAGUAAAUGUGAACGAAACUCAGAUUUUUCAUGCAUUUUAUGUGCCAAUAUUUUACAAUCUUGGGGUAGAAUUAAAGCUCAUAACUCAAAAGGAGCGGAGUGCAUCAAAUAAAAAAGAAAUGCAUUCCUGUUCACGAUAUUUCAUUUACAGAGCAUUAGAAAUUCCUCUCAUAAUGUAAGCAGACAGCAUGAGCCAAGAAAUACUGAAUAUAUGAAUAUUGCAAUAAUAAUAAUAAUUGUACAGAAUAAACUCCAGAGCUCCUCGUCUCGGCAGAUGAUUCUUCAUAUUUUUGCGUUUCCUUUAGUAAAUCUUAUUAAAAAAUAUUAAACUGCGAGCAGGAUUUUAAGGCAUGCUGUAUGAGAUGAUGAGCGUGUUGUGGAGAAUUAAAACAGGAGAAGCUGAUCUCAGUGAGAAACCUGGAGCUUUUCUGGAGUCGUAGGAACGGUCUGGACGUGCUGUAAGCUCUCAGAAGGUUCAGAAGGUCUCGGGAUUUCUCCGUGUCUCUGGAAGGAGAUUCGUGCCUUUGGGUCUAACGCCUUAAUCCGGUCGGGAAGACACACGGACACUCUUAAGCUCCUGAACUUUUACUUUCUUUCUUCUUUUUUUAUUUGAUUUUUACGUUGUUGGAAUGUUUUACGCUGCGAUAUUAAGCUCGAUUUUGCAAACGGACACAAGCUUGAAGACAAAAACGGACUGUUUUCUCUCCUACUUAAAAAAAAAAAACUGUACGUCUUACGACGUUUGAUCAGAGACGUCCUUCAGCUCAAAUCUCACAGUUGCACUGCUCUGUAUUUAUUUUUGUCUUCAGACAUCAUGAUUUCUACCCAGCGCUGAAGCUGAUCUUUGUCAUAUCAUUUGUACUCUCCCCUUUUGGUACAUGGUGUUGGCAUCUGUAGUAAAAAAAAAAAUAAUUAUAUGGAUAUAAAUAGGGUACCACUUUAAAUUACUGCUCCUUUAUUAAGGGUUAUAAAUAGUUUAUAAUGGGUUUAUAAAGGUUAUUAGGUUGUAAAUACCUUUUACAUUAUCAUUAUACAUUAGUAAUUUAGUUUAAAAUGUAAAACUACUUUAACUACUUUACAGCCAAUGAAAACCCAAAAAUCAGUGUCUCAGAAAAUGUGAAUAUUAUAUAAGACUAAUUGGUACUUUUGGCAGUGUGGGCAGUGUGCCAAGUCCUGCUGGAAAAUGAAAUCCACAUCUCCAUAAAAGUUGUCAGCAGAGGGAAGCAUUUAGACUUGAUAAUUAGACUUGAUAAUAAAACACAGUGGAUCAACACCAGCAGAGGUCAUGUCUCUCCAUACCAUUUUAUGGAGAUACAGAUUUCAUUUUCCAGCAGGAUUUGGCACACUGCCCACACUGCCAAAAGUACCAACUGAUCUUAUACAAAUUCUAAUUAUCUGAGAUACUGAUUUUUGAGUUUUUAGUCAGCUGUAAGCCAUAAUCAACAACAAUAAAAAAAUAAAAGCUUAAAAUAGAUCACUGUGUUUAAUGCAUUUAUAUAAUAUGUGAGUUUCACAAAACUUUUAAACUGAAUUACUGAAAAAAGUUAUUUUUUGAUAUUCUAAUUUUUUGAGAUGAACCUGUAUCUAAUAAAAUUGUAUAAAUUGUGUUAAAUCACAAAAUUCAGUUCAGUCAUUUGAUAUGUUAGUUUACACCACAUUAUGAGCACUGGAUAAAGAAUUAAUCUAGGUAGUUAAAUGAAUAAUGAAGAUAACAGAAUAGUUAUUAACAUAAGUAUCAGAAAGAUCUGAGGUUUUUCAUUAAUAUACUGUAAAUGAAUGCAGAAUCACUAUUCAGCUUUCUAUGUUAUUAAGGCAUUUUAACGGUUUCUUAAACUACUUAUAUACCCUUCAGAAAGGAGUUGUAUUUUAAAGGAGAACUCCAGUGUGAAAUGGACUUGGGUUGUAGAGAAACAUGAUAAAGAGUGUGAACUUUUGUGUAAAAUCCCACCUCAGUUCUUCUCCAGAAUUCCCAAAUACAGCGCUUUUAGCCUUAGCCCCCAACAGGCUUACAAUGCAAGUGAUAGGGGCAUAUGAGUUGCUGAUGCAAAGAAAUGGCUGUUUUUAGACCAUUAACAAUGGUGUAACCUCAUUGAGAGCCCUGAUAUUUAAAAUGAGGCACUGAGAACAUUAAAAUGCAGAGAUAGUUUAUUUAAAACACUGUUUAUACUAGUGGUGUCACAAUAUUUAUAUUUUAUCGAAAUCGAUCGAAAUUGUGACAUGGUCUCGAGCCUCGAAGUCAAAAAGAGGAUUGACGAUCCCUCCCUCUAAGCUACGCAAAUGGCGCAUCACACUGUAGCCAACGCCGCGGACAUUGUGACUGCUCAAAGAGCGUCCCUUUCUCCAGAGAAUGUGGACAUAGACUAAUCUAAAAUUGGCAUAUGUCUCUCUGCUGUAAAAAAAAAAGAAAAUCGAGAAUCGAAUCGUGACUAAAAUUGUCACGAUUCGUGGAUUUAGAGAAUAGUGACACCCCUAGUUUUUACACACAGUACUUUCAGAUAGUUCUCCAGGUGCCGCCAUCUUGAAAUUAAGUCACAAUAACUCAACUGAGGAUCACAAAUAAAUAAGUAGAAUAGGGGAACAGACUGCAAAAUUAAUUCUCAUAUUCUGCCAUUGUUGCAAUAUUUAUAACAGUGUUUAAUUAACUAUCUGUGCACUUUUAAAGCUCUUAAAGUCUCGUUUUAAAUGUCAGGGUCCUCAGAAUUCCACCACUGAAGUGUGGAGCUACUUUCAGUUUGUUAAUGGUGUAAAAAUAGCCAUUUCUUUGCAUGGGUAACACUAUGCCCCUAUCACUAGCAUUGUAAGCCUGUUGGGAGUAUCAGCUUAAAGUGCUGUAUUUAGGAAUGCUGGGGGAGAAUGAAGGUGGGUUAUUCAACAAAAGUUCAGACUCGUUAUCAUGUUUCACUACAACCCAAGUUUAUUUCACACUGGUGUUCUCCUUUAAAAUACAGAUUAGGGUUUAUAAAUCAUUUUUUAAAGAGUUCAUUAAUUUAAAGAGGUUAUUAUUUAGGUUUUAGGCAGUUACAACACAAGUUAAAUGGGUAACUAUUUAAUCAUUUAUUUAUACUGUUAAACCUCAGAUCUUUCCAUCAGUCAGCAUAGAAAAUACAGCUCUGGAAAAAAAUAAAUAAGGGACCACUUCAGUUUAUGAAUCAGUUUCUCUUAUUUUGCUAUUUAUAGGUUUAUGUUUGAGUAAAAUGAGCAUUGAUGUUUUAAUUCUAUAAACUACAGACAACAUUUCUCCAAAAUUCCAAAUAAAAAUAUUGUCAUGUAUAUCAUUUAUUUGCAGAAAAUGAAAAAGAAAUAGCUGAAAUAAAAAAAAAGAUGCAGAGCUUUCAGACCUCAAAUAAUGCAAAGAAAACAAGUUCAUAGUUCAAAGUUCAAAGUUUUAAGAGUUCAGAAAUCAAUAUUUGGUGGAAUAACUCUGGUUUUUAAUCACAGUUUUCAUGCAUCUUGGCAUCAUGUUCUCCUCCACCAGUCUUACAAACUGCUUUUGGAUAACUAUGUCUAUACUCCUGGUGCAAAAAUUCAAGCAGUUCAGUUUUUUAAUAUUUUAUUUUAAAGAGGAUUUCAAUUUGGUAAAAUCAAGGAAAAUCCUCAUUUUAAGUGGUCUCUUAUUUUUUUUCCAGCGCUGUACAUAUCUGUUACUAUACUCAGUAGUUUAACUAGAUCUAGAUUAAUUAUUUUUCCAGUAAUUAUUAUAUGGUUAUAAGGUGGUGUAUACUAACAUAAUAAAUAAACUUAUUUUAUUUUCUAUAUUAUUUAUUAGAUAUGUUAACUCUGACUGAAGGAAAAGACAAAAGUAGGAUAAUCUAAGUAGGAAUCACUAUUCGGCAAAUAGCAGCUCACUAUUACCCUUAAUAUUUGUGCUUUGUGACUGCUUAUUAUUGUUUAAAAAAAAGAAAAAUUACACAACUAAUUUAAUAUUCACUUAUAAACUCAUGUAUAAAACGUUUAUAAACUGCUUUAUAAAGGAGCCGUAUUUUAAGGUGGUACCUAUAAAUAGAUAAGGUAAAAUAAACUAUUUAAGAGGUCUUUAUAUGAGGACCUGAGAGAAUCAGCUGUUGAAGGGAAGGUUCUGGUGAAUAGGCCACCUGAGGGAGCCGUUCUGAAGCUUCUAAUGAUUGUAAACUGGGGGAAAAUGGGAAAGGGUGAUUCGUGCCAUUAAAACUAAUCACAUCUGUA